AUGGAUGGAGGCGUGGAGUGGAUGGGUGUGAGAUGGAAUUCGACUCACGUGCCAUGCAUUGCAAUAUGCGAGGUAUGGAUUGGAGCUACGACUCCACUCCACAUCACACACAAUCCUACUCACACCUUCCUUGUGAACAAUGCGGAUGGGUGGAUGAGGGAAAUAGUGAUUACGGACGUGUGGCUGUAUCAGGCUGCCCACAUCUGUUUCACAAGUAUCCUCGUGUUGGAGUUGAGUAAUGGAGGUGAUCCCCACACUGAGGGAACAGCAUGGCAGCAACGGCGGCAGCAGCAGCAGCAGCAUUGUCUCCCACUCCACAGGUUGAAUGUCUGCGUGUACGGGUGUGUGUGCAUGGAGGCUUUGAAGUCCAGGAAACGAGCAAAGUCGAAGGAACGAAUGAUUGAUUUAUUUUCAUUUAGACAGUUUCUCUUGGUACGUGGAGAGGGUGUGCUACUCCCUCGCACUUGUGUAUGCUCUGGAGGCAGCUGA